AGACAUUCGGAGAUGCUGCGCUAGUUGCCGCUGCGGCUUCCGUACAGUAUCGCGUCUCACGACCAAAGUUGUCCAGUUCCUCUCUCCAACAACCUGCCGGCCAUAUAUGCCCCACAUUUGAUCGUUCUAGAUUGAGAAACCUGUAAAGGAGUUGCAUCAUGGCGGACUAUCUUUAUGAGCUUUUGGCGCCGCAUUUGGCUUCCACAAAUGCCUCCCCCAACCCAUUGAGCCCUGAAAAUGAUACAACCACUGCCCAGUACCUCAACAGGUUGCCCACCCUCUCACUCCAGGCAUUGCAAGAAACCGAACCACAGUCACUCGCGCAGUCAUCCCAUUCAAAUAUCCUAUCGCUUCAAGCUUUAUCAAACCGUUCCCAUAAAACCUUCAUCUCUUCCGCCGACAGCCUCUCAGCUCUACGAAACUCUAUCCCCCAGUUGUCUCGAGAUGCACAGCAAUUACGGGAUGCGAUUCCAAAGCUAGACGAAGAAGCCGUCCUGUUCUCGUCGAAAUACAGUCGAGCCGCUGAGAAUGCAUCUCUGGAGAAGCGGAAGAAAGUAAUGCAACUGGCAAGGAAUGUUGACCGAUUGUCGGACAUUCUGGAAUUGCCAACUUUGCUCUCAACUGCCGUGUCUUCAGCGGCCGCAAGUUCUGGGGCUGUGGGUGGUUCAUCCUCCACGACAUAUUCAGCAGCAUUAGACGUGUAUGCGCAUAUCAAGAGAUUACAAACUCUGUAUCCGGACUCUCCCCUCGUUAGAGAUGUCUCCGCUCAAGCCGAGGACGCCAUGAAGGACAUGACUACACAUCUGAUAACUGGUCUUCGGGCUCAGAAUCUCCGAUUAGCCGCUGCUAUGAGAACUGUUGGCUGGCUGCGGCGAGUUGCCCCCGAACUGGAGAAUCUCCGUAGCGACGGAGGAACUGGAACGGGAGAAGGCGCCCUUGGUGCUUUGUUCUUGAUUUGUAGAUUGGCGAAUCUGGUGGCGACGCUCGAAGCGCUAGACCCCUUACGAGAGCUCGCAGACCAGGAAUCGCACCGCAGAACCCAGAGUACGGAAAAGAAGCCCGGAUCCUGGUCUGAUGGGCACCAGACAGAGAAGUUUUUAAAGCGUUAUAUUGAAAUCUUCCGCGAGCAGAGUUUUGCUAUUGUUUCCUUGUACAAGAACAUCUUCACCCCUAACCAGGCCGAGUCGGAAAUAGCAGCGACAGGAUUGCGAGGGGUUGACGCGCGAAUUAGAUCUACAGCGCCGCGAUCUGCUCAGCAAGAAGAUCCACUACAGCACCUCCCACCAGCACUUGCAACGUUUCCCAUGCAUCUGGUUCAAUUACUGACCGACACCUUGCGGGCAUAUCUUCCGAAUGUUCGGGAUAAGAGCUCGCGUGAAAGUCUUCUCACCCAAGUUCUAUACUGCGCUGCCAGUCUAGGACGAUUGGGUGGAGAUUUUGGAAUGAUUCUUACAGAGAUGAACGAUAUGGGAGACGAAGACGGCGAAGAGAUGGCCUAUGAGUGGGAGGAGGUGACGAGGAAGCACCGAGCCCUGGCUGGGCGCCUGGAGCAACUUACCGGAGGAAAUGCAGCAUCCGGAUCUUCCAAGGGGACCUUACGGGCGGCCUCACCCGUAAGAGGGCUUGGAGUUGCAUGAGAGGAAGUUUGUCCCUGUUCAUCUGACCGGAGGCUGAUAAGCCUUCUUACUGGCCUAAAAGGAGUAAACCAGGACUCUGGUUGGAGCGCUAGCCGUAUGGGGCACUAGCGGCGGGUGCCGUUUGACCUCCGCCGGUCGUUGUCUGGACCGCCGGCUUCUCCGUCCGUCAUCUUCCCUCCUCUCUUUCUCUCACUCUCUCUCCCUCCCUCUCCUUGUUUCUUUCAUCUUCCCUUUUUCUUUUCUUUUCUUUU